CGUUUUGGCCGAUCGCCGCUGCUGCGACUGCCCUUGAUCACCCCGACGACACAAGCGAUGCCCAGAGUCAAGCGCGGAAGCAAGCCUCCUCCGGAGGACUGGGAGCUCAUUGAGCCGACCCUCACCGAGAUCAGCAAGAAGAUGAGAGAGGCCGAGAACGAGUCCCACGAAGGCAAGCGCCGGGUGGAAUCGGGAUGGCCAAUCUUCCGACUGCACCAUCAGCGCUCGCGAUAUAUCUUUGAUAUGUACUACAAGCGAAAGGCGAUCUCAAAGGAGCUGUAUGACUACUGCCUGAAGGAGGGUUAUGCCGACGGCAGUCUGAUUGCCAAGUGGCGCAAGCAAGGAUACGAGAAGCUGUGUUGCCUGAGAUGUAUACAGCCGCGAGACACCAAUUUUGGAACCACAUGCAUCUGUCGGGUGCCCAAGGACAAGCUGGACGAGGGCAAGGUUGUCGAGUGCAUGCACUGCGGAUGCCGUGGCUGUGCAUCUGGCGGUUAAGGGAGUUGGAGAAUCACCGCGGUUGAGCAAGAAAGCAGACGAGCACCUUCCUUUCGUUGAGCAUACGGCCUCUUGGCGCCAUCUCGAAGCGAAUGCCAUGAACACAAGCACUUCUGGGUUCAGCGCGCGGCUUCAGCCCCCGCCGGGUGCCGGGAGUGCUCUGCGUACAUUGCAACGCAUCUGGGACGACAUUCUAUUUUUCGACGGGCAAAGAAGUUUGCAGGAAGCAUGUGUCCCUGGCUUGCAAGCAAAGUGGAAAUAUACAUAGGUCGCUUGUCCCACA